CCCCGGGCAGCGAAGCGGUUAACGGUGGGGGGGGGUGGCGGUGGUGGGAUCCCACCCCCGGGGCCGGCCCGGGGGGGGCUUAUAAAGGUGGGCGCCAGCGGCCCCCGGGGAGGGGAGCGGGGCCGUGGAGGGCAGCGGGGCCAGGCCAUGCGGGAGCUGCGCUCGUCCUCCUUCUGGAGGGCCGUCCUGGCCGAGUUCCUGGGCAGCCUCCUCUACGCCCUGCUGGGGCUGGGGGCUUCCCUGCGCUGGGCCCCGGGCCCCCCCAGCGUCCUGGGGGCCGCCCUGGCCUUUGGGCUGGCCCAGGCCACCCUGGUGCAGGUGCUGGGCCACGUCAGCGGGGGCCACAUCAACCCGGCCAUCACCUUGGCCUUCCUGCUGGCCUCGCAGCUCUCCCUGCCCCGAGCCCUGGGCUACCUCCUGGCCCAGCUGCUGGGCGCCCUGGCCGGGGCCGGCGUGCUCUACGGCGUGACGCCGGCCCCCGUCCGCGGCACCCUCGGCCUCAGUGCGCUGCACCCCGGCGUGGGCCCGGGCCAGGGCACGGUGGUGGAGCUGCUCCUGACCGCCCAGUUCGUCCUCUGCGUCUUGGCCAGCUUCGACGACCGCCACGACGGGCGCCCGGACUCGGCAGCGCUGCCCGUCGGCUUCUCCCUCGCCCUCGGCCACCUCUUCGGGAUCCACUACACGGGCGCCGGCAUGAACCCCGCACGCUCCUUCGCCCCCGCCGUCAUCACCCGCAACUUCACCAACCACUGGGUGUACUGGGCGGGCCCGCUGCUGGGCGCGGCGCUGGGCGCGGUGCUGUACGAGUUCGCGCUGUGCCCGCGGCCGCGCAGCCUGGCCGAGCGCCUGGCCGCCCUCAAGGGAGAGCCCCCCGCCGCCACCGCUGCCGCCGUCGCCGCCGUCGCCGUCGCCACCGCCGCCGAGCUGCCGCCCGAGCCGCCGGCCGAGCCGCUGGAGCUGAAGACGCAGGGCCUGUAGGCCCGGCCCGGGCUCCCGCGCCCGCCCGCUGCUUUGCUGUGACGGGGCCGCCGCGGUUGCGUGUGGUGCGUGUGUGUGCGGCGCGGCGGGCGGCGGCGGGGCCCCGCUGCCGGGAGCCGGGAUCCGGCCUGGCCGGGGCCGAUCGUACCGGGCCGGGGCCGCCCCGCCCCGCUGCGGCGGGAGUUCUGUGUUCGGUGAAUUAA